UUCUAUCUUUUGCCAUUUAUUAAAUUACCUUUAUUAAUUUUCCAAGACGGACGUGAACCAUCUUCUUAACCAAAAUUCAUACUUUGAAUUUUGCAAUUAAAAUAAUAAUUAUUAACUAAAUUCACAAUAUUAAAUCAUAUAUACUAUAUUUUCAUUUUUUUAAUAAUUUUUUAAUUUUUUCAAUUUUUUCUACUUUAUUUAUUUCUCUUCCUUUUCCUGCAAAACCCUAAAUUCUUGUUUCCUGAACAAAUUCAUCUCUUACACCGAAAAGUUUGCAGUUUUCUUCUCUGUAAUUCUUAAUAAUUUUUUUGUUGAAUUUUUUGUCAGCAUUUUCAAGCUCUGUGUAUUCUCUGCAAUGGUGAAUAUUUAAGCCACAAAAGUGUGUUUUCACAAAGAAAAGUGAACCCAAUUUCAUGCUCAUGAAACUGGGUUUCUUUUGAUCUUUGAAUUUUAAUCAAAGUUGUUGUUGUUUUUACAUUUCUUUUGGUUGUAUGUUUGUUUACUCUGUAAUUCAGCUGAAGUUUUGUUUUUGAUUUUUUUUUCUUCAAAAUUAACUCUUUUGAACCCUCUGAUCACUCAAAUUUGAAAGAGAGUUUGAAUCUUUAAUGCGUAGGUUGUAGGGUUUUUAGGGUUUUAGGCAGCUAGUGGUUUUCUGGGUUUUUUGGUUUUUUUUUUUCUAUUACUGUCUUGAUCUAAAACAUAUAUGAAUGGAGGACAAAGAGGGACCAUCGCCCGGGGUCACAGUGAAAGGAGAUGAAGCUCCAGAGGGCUACCACGUGGCACCCAGAACGGAAAACCCUACUCCACAUGCGGGGCCCACAAUGCAGGCCACCGCUGCACCUCCGGCGAGCGUAGCAGCGCCGCCGGGACCUAGCACCGGCUCAGAAAUGAAGAAAAAAAGAGGCAGACCAAGAAAGUACGGACCAGAUGGGUCUUUGGCAAUGACAUUGUCACCGAUGCCGAUAUCGUCGUCGAUUCCUCUGGGCGGAGAGUUUUCCCCUUGGAAACGGGGCAGAGGGCGGCCGGUUGACGCGGUCAAAAAGUCACAUAAGUAUGAGUUCGAGAGCAGCCCAGGUGACGGAAUCGCAUAUUUUGUGGGGGCAAAUUUCACACCUCAUGUGAUCACUGUAAAUGCUGGCGAGGAUGUUACAAUGAAGGUGAUGUCUUUUUCUCAACAAGGAGCUCGAGCUAUCUGCAUUCUCUCUGCAAAUGGCACUAUUUCGAAUGUUACCCUUCGGCAGCCUACUUCAUCUGGUGGUACUCUGACAUAUGAGGGACGUUUUGAGAUCCUUUCCUUGUCUGGUUCAUUUAUGCCUACUGAGAAUGCUGGAACAAAGAGUAGAUCUGGUGGGAUGAGUGUUUCAUUGGCAGGCCCAGAUGGUCGUGUUUUAGGAGGGGGACUUGCUGGUCUGUUGGUAGCAGCUGGUCCUGUGCAGGUUGUUGUGGGCAGUUUCCUACUAGGUCACCAGCAGGAGCAGAAGCACAAGAAACAGAGAACUGAACCUGCAGCAGCUGUUGUGAGCCCUACAGCUGUGCAUACGAUGUCUACAGAAGAAAUUAAGGUGUCCUAUGGUGGAGUAAAGCCAAUUCUCACCGCUCCAUUCCCUGGAGACAAUUUGGGUACUUUGAACCCUAUCCAGGGCUUUAGAAACUCUGCUAUUGACAAUAAAUCGUCUUCAGCUGGAGAGGAAUCAAAAGGCCACAGUCUAUCACAGUGUGAGGUUUCCAGUUGAUGGCAUCCGCAUGUCAGAAGCUGGCUUAUCGUCUUUGUUCUUUUCACAUCAUUUAGGCUCCUAAGUCAACUUUGUCCAAAACCACUAUAAGCUCAUUGGCUUCUUACCAAGGGAAAAGUAGGUUUAACAUCUUGAUGGUUUUAACCCAUAAUUGUACUCCCUCUCGAUAGGUUUAGGUAGUAUUUCUAGUUUGUUAGGAUCAGUAUGCGGCUGUUGUCAUGGUGUAUGGUGUAUUUUCAAGUGUUGUCUUACUCAUUGGUGUAAAAUUUUAUGAAAUGAUCGAAACCUGGUGUGCCAUUCUUCUGAUUUUAAGUGCCAUGUAUC